UCUAGUGCUUCUAGUGGUUAUGGCCACCACAAUAGCAAACGGGACACCGGUUGUCGACAAAGCAAAAGAUGCAGCUGAAUCAGUUGGUGAUAAAGUUAGUGAAGCAGCUACAACAGUUGGCGAUAAAGCAAAAGAUGCAGCUGCAUCAGUUGGCGUUAAAGUACCAGGAGCCAAAGCAGGCGGUGCAUCACUUGAUGUUAAAGCAUCAGGAGCCAAAGGAGAUGGCAAAACUGAUGACAGUGCGGCAUUUGCGGCUGCAUGGAAGGAAGCGUGUGCAGCAGGGAGCACAAUUACAGUGCCUAAAGGUGAGUAUUUGGUAGAGAGCCUAGAGUUCAAAGGUCCAUGCAAAGGUCCAGUCACUUUGGAAUUGAAUGGCAAUCUAAAGGCUCCGGCUACGGUCAAGACCACUAAACCUCAUGCCGGAUGGAUUGAUUUCGAAAAUCUCGCUGAUUUCACUUUGAAUGGAAACGGAGCCAUUUUUGACGGUCAAGGUUCCCUCGCUUGGAAGGCCAAUGAUUGCGCCAAAACCGGCAAAUGCAACUCUCUCCCCAUCAACAUCCGAUUCACGGGUCUAACAAACUCGAAAAUUAAGAGUAUUACAUCAACAAACAGCAAACUUUUCCACAUGAACAUCCUUAACUGCAAAAACAUAACUCUUGAGGAUAUUGGUAUUGAUGCACCUCCGGAGAGUCUCAACACCGAUGGUAUCCACAUCGGAAGGUCCAAUGGCGUCAACCUAAUAGGGGCAAAGAUUAAAACCGGAGAUGAUUGCGUUUCCAUUGGAGAUGGUACCGAAAAUCUCAUUGUUGAGAACGUAGAAUGUGGACCAGGACACGGAAUUUCCAUUGGAAGUCUUGGAAGAUACCCUAAUGAGCAACCAGUAAAAGGAGUCACCGUGAGGAAAUGCCUCAUCAAGAACACUGAUAAUGGUGUUCGCAUCAAGACAUGGCCAGGAUCUCCCCCCGGUAUCGCCUCCAACAUUCUUUUCGAAGAUAUCACAAUGGACAAUGUUAGCACCCCUGUUCUCAUCGACCAAGAGUACUGUCCUUAUGGCCACUGCAAAGCUGGGGUACCAUCAAAAGUGAAGUUGUCGGACGUGACUAUCAAGAACAUUAAGGGCACAUCAGCAACAAAGGUGGCUGUGAAGCUAAUGUGCAGCAAAGGCGUUCCUUGCACCAAUAUUGCUCUCGCUGACAUCAACUUGGUCCACAACGGCAAAGAGGGACCAGCUGUCUCGGCAUGUUCUAACAUCAAGCCUAUUCUCUCCGGAAAGUUGGUUCCAGCGGCUUGCACUGAAGUCGCUAAACCGGCCAAUGCUGAGGUGUUUAGAAUUGGUUCUUCUCCAGGUUCUGAUAUUACGCAGGCACUUCUGAGAGCAUUCACAUCGGCAUGCCAAGCUCCGACACCAAGCAAGGUGUUGAUCCCAAAAGGACAGUUCAGGCUUGGUGAGAUCAUGAUGUCGGGUCCAUGCAAAUCUCCAGUCGAGAUCACCUUGCUAGGCACUGUCCUUGCUGACGGAAACUCGAUCCAUGGAAAGGAAAAAUGGGUCGUGUUCCAAAGAAUGGAUGGGUUUAGGUUGAACGGAGGUGGAACUUUCGACGGUGAAGGUAACGCAGCUUGGAGGGUCAAUAACUGUCACAAGACUUUCCAGUGCAAGAAACUUCCCAUCAGCAUAAGGUUUGAUUUCGUGACGAACGCUGAGAUCAGAGACAUAUCCUCAAUCGAUGCCAAGAACUUUCACAUCAACGUUAUAGGCGCCAAGAACAUGACCUUUAACAACGUGAAGAUCAUGGCUCCAGCAGAGAGCCCCAACACUGACGGGAUCCACUUGGGAAGAAGUGUCGGGGUCUCGAUUAUCAACUCUAGGAUCGCCACCGGAGAUGACUGUGUCUCCGUCGGGGACGGGAUGGUGAAUCUUCUCGUGAAGAACGUCGUGUGUGGUCCUGGACACGGGAUCAGUGUGGGAAGCCUUGGAAGGUACGGACACGAGCAGGACGUCAGCGGCAUUAGGGUCAUCAACUGCACCCUCCAGGAGACUGACAACGGCCUCAGGAUCAAGACUUGGCCCUCUGCAGCUUGUUCCACCACUGCCUCCAAUAUUCAUUUUGAGAAUAUUAUCCUUAGAAACGUUAGUAACCCAAUCCUCAUCGACCAAGAGUACUGUCCCUGGAACCAGUGCAACAAGCAGAAAUCAUCAUCCAUUAAGCUGGCAAACAUAAGCUUCAAGAGGAUUAGAGGGACAUCAGGGAACAAGGACGCAGUGAAGCUGUUGUGCAGCAAGGGAUAUCCGUGUGAGAACGUUCAGGUUGGAGACAUUAAUAUUCAGUACACUGGAGCCGAUGGUCCAGCCACCUUCAUGUGCUCAAACGUAAGGCCAAAGCUUGUUGGAACUCAGUUCCCAAAGGCUUCCAAUGCUGAGGUAUUCACCAUUGGUUCUUCGUCAGGUUCUGAUAUUACUCAGGCCCUUCUGAAAGCAUUCACAUCGGCAUGCCAAUCUUCGUCACCAAGCAAAGUGGUGAUCCCAAAAGGAGAGUUCAAGCUUGGUGAGAUCGAGAUGAGGGGUCCAUGCAAAGCUCCCGUUGAGGUCACCCUUCAAGGUACUGUCAAAGCUGACGGUAACGCUAUCCAAGGAAAGGAGAAAUGGGUCGUCUUCGGCAACAUUGAUGGCUUUAAGUUGAACGGAGGCGGAGCCUUCGACGGUGAAGGAAACUCCGCGUGGAGGGUCAACAACUGCCACAAGACCUUCAACUGCAAGAAACUUCCCAUCAGUAUAAGGUUUGACUUCGUGUUGAACUCUGAGAUCAGAGACAUAUCCUCGAUCGAUGCAAAGAACUUCCACAUCAACGUGUUGGGAGCCAAGAACAUGACCAUGGAUAACAUCAAGAUCAUCGCCCCAGAGGAGAGUCCCAACACUGAUGGGAUCCAUUUGGGAAGAAGUGACGGAGUCAAGAUCCUUAACUCUUUCAUCUCCACCGGAGACGAUUGUAUCUCCGUUGGAGAUGGGAUGAAGAACCUUCACGUGGAGAAAGUCACAUGCGGUCCAGGACACGGAAUCAGUGUCGGAAGCCUUGGAAGGUACCCACACGAGCAAGCUGUCAGCGGCAUUAAGAUCAUCAACUGCACUCUUCAAGAGACUGACAACGGGUUGAGAAUCAAGACAUGGCCCUCUGCAGCUUGCUCCACCACCGCCUCGGAUAUCCAUUUCGAGGAUAUCAUCGUCAAGAACGUUAGCAACCCAAUCCUCAUCGACCAAGAGUACUGCCCUUGGAACCAGUGCAACAAGCAAAAAGCAUCAACAAUUAAGUUGGCGAACAUAAGCUUCAAGAAUAUCAGAGGAACAUCAGGGAACAAGGACGCGGUGAAGCUACUUUGCAGCAAGGGAUAUCCGUGCCAGAGCGUUGAGAUUGGAGACAUUGAUAUUGAGUACAAUGGAGCCGAUGGUCCAGCCACUUUCCAAUGCUCAAAUGUCAGUCCCAAACUCUUGGGAUCUCAGAGCCCUAAAGCAUGCAGCGCUCAAGCAGCCUAAAUGUAGAAGCUCUAAAACAAUUAAUUAAUCAAACACCCAUUCAAUU